AUGGCCUUUGCGUAUCAGAUCCUCAUGAUCCAGAAAAAGCGAGACUCCAUCGAGGGACGUGUACAGAUGAAGCUUGGAAGAGCGGGAACUGUCCACGACAACAUCAAAAACAACGGCGUCCCAGUGUAUAGUUGCAAUAUCACAAACAUCGACUCUUACUGCUGCUACGAUGACUGCGAAUGCGCCUCACCCUUUGAGGUCUUUUCCUUCAGUGCUGCACCAUCCGAUGUCUACACACUGACAAUCAUCGGCGAAUCAUUCACCCAAACACACGUAUCAACAACAUCUCAAGCUUCAUCUUCUGCAACCGUUGCAAUAAGCAGCGCAUCUGCCAUCACAGAAACGUCUCUACCGAACACGCUCGUAAAUUCAGGAUCCGCAACACCAACAUCCACAGCCAUCACAACAGCUGAUUCCGCAUCAAAACCUAUCAACACUAUAGCGCUGGGUGCGGGACUAGGAGUGGGCAUACCAGUAUUGGCCGCUCUCAUGUUUGGAUCUUUUUACCUAUGGAGGCGCAAGAAGCGCUAUGCCUCUGUAAUGUCUGAGGGUCCCCAGGAAGCAACUCACGAGCACGAUGAGCCGCAGACCAAGUAUGCACACUAUACAGAUACAGAAGUACAAGGAGACAUUGCCGCCAGCGAAUUAGCAGCCAGUCAACCAAAACCCGUCGAACUCCCAGCUCAUGGAAACUGA